AUGAAGAUUGGAGCAGAGGAUCUAUGGCCCUUGAUUUUGGACUUUAUUCAGACUUUCUUCGGUGCAGAAGAUCUUAAGCACUUCAAGGAAUACUUUAAGUUGAAGAUAAAGCACGAGGUAUAGUUUAAUUGCUUGCUUUAUAUAUUUUAGAAUGAUCCUAUUGUAAAGGCAGGAGGUAUAUAGGUGUUGCUAGGAAAUUACUUAAAACACAAUAAAGAGAUCUAUAAGCAAUAUAAGAAGCACUUGAAGAAUAAAAAGAAAGCUGAGAGCAGUGAUGAAGAGUCAGGAGAAUCUAGUGAUGAUGAGGAUUCAAAGAAAAAGUAGAAGAAUGGUAAAUUGGUUGGCAAAAAGAGAACAAAGAAUGAUGAUUCUAGUGAUAAUGAUGAUAGUGACAAAGAUGGUAGUGAAUCUGAAGGUGAAAAAAAGUAGAAGAACGGCAAGACAGCUAAUAAGAGAGCUAGAAAAUCAUCUAGUGUUUCAAGAGGAAGAUCUAAGUCUAUAGAUUCAAAUGGACCAAUUACCAGAAAGAAGUCAAUGGAUAUGGGAGAAUAUGUUCCUCCAAUUAAGGACCCAAAAUCAUAGGCAUUAUAAACUAACUUUAAGUUCCAAAGAAUCAACGAGGAAAAGUUUAAGUCAAUGGAUGAGGUAGCAGCAGACAACACCUUUGAAAGUAAAGCAAGAUUCGGUUAAGGCGGAGGUGAUGCAUUUGGAUUAUGGUCAAACGAUAAGCUUAAGGAUAAAGUUGGCAAAGGAUUUAAGAAGGAAAAGGGAAAAAUGAAGAAUAGAAAUUUCCAUUCACAAGGAUAAAGAAUUGGGUAUGGAGUUAACUCAGUUAAAUUUUGA